GAGUUUUUAGAUUUCUUUCUUCCUUCACACCCUCUGGUGUCUGGGUCAUAUCUGGUUUUUUUUUUUUUUUUCAGAAUUUUGACUAAUGUUUUUCUUUUUUUUUUUCUAAUUCUCCUCUGUACAGUAGGGUAGGCAGCUUUUCAAAUAGCUUUUACUAUUUAGACUAAUUCAUUCCGGGAAAUGUUUAAUAGUUUUGGUAGGACUGUUCGGUUUGGGGUAUUGAUGCACCGCUGAGGAUUGAACCUAGGGCAUAUUUCAUGCUCGCACAAACAGUCUAGAGCUCAGCUACACCUUCAUCCGGGUACAGUUAUUUGCUUUUAUAGACUUUUUUGUUUAUUUAUUUUACGUAUUUUUGUUUAUUUAUUUUUAUUUUAUGUAUAUGAGUAUCUUGCCUGCAUGUAUACAUGGAUGUAUACCAUGGACAUGCCUAUGGCCAACAGAGGGUAGAAGGGGACAUCAAUCCCUGAGUUUCACACAGUUGUGAGCCACCCUAUGGGUGCUGAGAGUCAAAGCCCAGAUCCUCGGAAAGAGAAACAAGUGCCCUUAACACUGAGCCAGCUCUUCAAUCCCUUGUGAAAAAUAUUAUAUAUUUCAAGAAUUGUGCAUUACAAAUCUCACCAAGGAUUUAGUCCCGCUAGGUGACUGCUUAAGGACAAUGAUGUUUCAAAGCCCUUCAUUUACCCCCCCCACCAUGCUCCCCUAUGCUCCCAGGGGGUCAGGACUGAACUCAAGGCCUAGCGCACCCUAAGUGAGCACUCUCCACUCAGCUGAGUGCUGUAUAUUGGUAUUUGCAUAUUCCUGAAGGUGGCCAGAGUAACUCAGAAAAUGAACCUAAAAGUAACAGAGGACCAGGAAGAAAGAAAGAAAGAAAGAAAGAAAGAAAGAAAGAAAGAGAGAGAGAGAGAGAGAGAGAGAGACCACUAAGGCAUAUGACAUUAAAUAGGAGACUACUGACUGCCAGUAUACUUGGAGUUCCUACACAGUGAACUGCAGCCUAAUCUUGGAUGUAAAGAAAGUGCAACUCCAAUGGGCAAGCAUAACAGCUAAGUCUUAGCCAAUCACAGUAUUCCAAGUGAGCAGACUGUGUACCCAGAGCCCCAUUUGGAGCAGCAUCUAGCCAAGCCAUUUCUUCGUGAUUGUGCUUUCUUUCCAUGCGACCAAUAUUGCCUUGAGAAUGCUCUCGGUUUUUCUUCUCUGGUCCUGGGCAGCACUGCCUAAUUCACAAAUAUCAGUCUUUGCUCAAAUGAAUUCUACUAAAAGUAAGCUAUCAAAAAUUAUCGGGUUUUUUUUUUUUUUUUUUUUUUGUACUAAGCAAAGAUUCUUUGUAAUUCAAGCCGGGCUCUUCUAGGCCUUGUGUGCGCACAUCUUCAGAGGCCAGCUGUAGCAGAGUCCUGAUACUUAUCAUUUACUCAGAGCUUCUCAUUCUCACUACACAAUCUCGCUCAGCAUCUGCUCCAGUUCUCCACUCUGUACCACCCACUUACACCUACACCCCUACUGUCAGAUCUGCAGCCAAAAUCCCAUUGGGUUAGAGCCUAGCUUGGUUUCUGUUGCUGGGAUAAACACAGUGGUCAAAUACAACUCAGGGAGGAAAGGAUUUAUUUCAUCUGACAGGCUACAGUCCAUAAUUGAAGGAACUCAGGGCAGGAACUGGAAGCAGGAACCAUGGAGGAAUGCUACUUACUGCCUUGCUCCCAAGUACACAUCAACUACCCUUUUGUAUACAGCCCAGGCCUAAGUACUAAGGAUAAUAUGGCCUUCCCACAGAGGGCUGAGCCCGCCUACAUUAAUUAGAAAUAGAGAAAAAUGCCACACAGAUGUGUACAAUUUUUCAAUUGAGACUCCUUCUUUCCAGGUGUGUCAAGUUGACAAGCAAGACCUUGCAGUUUUGUAAAUCAAUUAUUUCCGAGAACUUCAACACCAAAUGGUGUUACUUUCAGAGUGAUAAACCAUAGCAAAAAACAAAAAAAAAAAAAAACAAAAAAAAACCAAAAACUUCUAGACUGGGCCUAGUGAUACACACCCAUAGUAUCAGCACUUGGAGAGCAAGAAGAUUAUCCUAGUUUGAGGACAGCCUGGACUACAUAGUUGUAGACCAGGCUAGACUACAGUGUGAGAAUCUUGUGUUUAAACCAAACCAAACCCAAACCAAGAUUGCUUUGUAAUCAUACCCUAAUACUAACCGUUCAAAACAGAAAAAUAAUCAGGCAUCCCUUAUCCUGAUCAGUGUGAGUUCCUUGUCCUCCCUCUGCUGAGGUAAAAUCUCUUACAUUCAUGACCAGAUCACCCUGCUGUAUCCCUGCUAUGAACAGAUCCAGUACACAACACUGAGGGGUUGCUUCCUUAAAUCUUUUCCUGAAUUGUUUUGGCAUUGGAGGUCAAAGGAGUCUGCCACAUUUUCUAGUUCAAUUAUCACUGUGGUUUUAAUCCUUGAAGGCAGACCAUGUUCACACAUACACUCAGGUUUCUUGUAACUAAUUACUGAAUGGUUACUACUUCCUUUCAUUCUUGUGAUGCAUGUUAUAUGCUUGUUGGACUAAUUACUGUUAGGCAUGACAGUAAUUAUGGCUUGCCUUUUUGCUGCCUGGUUUGUUAGUUGAGAGAGUCUUACUAUGUAACCCUAGCUGGUCAGAAACUUAUGGACCUUCUCCCAUCUCUGCCUCUGGAGCGCUAGUAUUAUAUGCCACCAGGUUUAGCCAUUUUUAUAUUGAUUUAAAAAAAAAAACCCAACCAUUUAUUAUUACAGACCAUCACUGUUAGCCAUUUAUAUUUUAUUUGAUUGUUCUUAUGGAGGGUUUUACAUUUGUUUAUUUUUAUUUAUUUAGGAAGGCGAGUACCGGGUCCAGCCUGUUUAGUUUUGCCCCAGGCUGUCCUCGAACUCGGGAUCCUCCGGUCUCUGUACUUUAGUCUUCAGCCUUUGCCUACUGGGGUCCAUCACCACAGCCAGCCUGUUUUUAUUUUUGUCCCAUCUGUUUUACUGGUUUGACGGAAACUAAAAAGAGUAAGCGCAUCAACAAACGUUGCCACUGAAACGCAGCAGCCGGGUUAGUUUCACUUCGGGCCUUAGCUCCUCUCUCAAGGGACCACUCUGCGAGGCCCGCGGCCGCUCUGCGCAGGCGCCAAGUCCAAAGCACCUUAGCGUCCAAUCCCACGCCCACGUUGGCUCGCCGGAACCUUAGGACUGGUGCAGGCUCUGUCGUCCGGCCCCAAGAAACGGAAGUUCCCUCCAGGAGGAGGCGGCACCGCCCACUGGAGGGCGGCGCCUGCGCUUCUGGGCGGGCGGUGCUGCGGCCGCUAGGGCAGUGACCGAGCAUCUCCGAUGGCGGCGUUCCGCCAUUUCCGUUACCUCGGCCCCCGCGGAAGGGCUAACUCCCGGGUCCAGUGGAAGGCAAUCCCGGCUCGCAGGGGCGCUCUGGUGCUCCCCGUGCCCAGGCUGCUCGAAGGUUGAUUUCCUCCUCCCUUUAGGUGCUGUCAUUGGAGCGGGCCGGAAGGCGCGCCGCCAUGGCUGUACGGCCUCAGGGCCGUCCCCCGGGGUGGAUUUCUGCAGGCUUUGUUUAGUAGUCAACCCCACCCACAGGAAUCUCUCUGGGCGGGCCGGUUCCUCUCCCUGUCCCUUCCCCCGGGAUCCUAACGUGGCUGCCUAAAAACAACGCCCCGCCAGCGUCUCGUGUCCUAGCCCCCCAGCCCCCCAUGGCCCGUCCAUUCCCUUCUGAGCCAGGGCCUUGAAGCUUGACCGAUAAGUUUAGCCUGGAGCUAGAAAAUUUCUCUUUUUUUCCCCUCCUGGAUGUUGAGAGAGAUUUAAAGACUGCUGGUCUGUUCCCUAAGCCUCUGGAAAAUUUCACAGUAACUUUCCUGUGCUUUUUCUUCACGUUUGGACGAUUUUAGUGCAGAUGUGUGUAUGCCCUUCCUAUAAUUGCAUAUUCCCAGGCGUCUGCAUGCAUUCAGGCAACACAUGGUAGGGCCGACUCUUGCUGUCACUAUAAAAGGUUUUGUAUGUGCACACACAUUGUACACACACACACAUAUACAUACUCAUACACACACUGGUAAAUGGUAAAAUGUACACUCAUAUAUGAACUACAACUGCCAUGAAAUGUGUCUGAUCUGGAUUGGAGUGUGUUCGAGUGUAAAGCACAGCAGACUUUUGUUUUUGAGAAUUAACACAAAAAGGAAUUAAAAUACCCUUUUAUCAGAUUUUGAAAGGACAGUAUUGGGGCGAAGCUUAGGUGUAGCUCAGUAGUAGAGCACAUACUUUAAUCUGCCUAAGGCCCUGGGUAUGAACUCUGCCACUGCAUUUUAAAGGAAAAAUAUUUUAGCUAAGUAAAACUAGAAUUAAUUCCAACAAAUUUUAACAUACUAUCACACAUUUAAAAAAUAUCUUUGUGGCUUGAAAUCUUUAUAUGAGAUAGCAUUGCUCUACAAAGGGUGCUUUCAAACAGUACCCUGUGGCCAAACACAGACUGCCCACAUUCUCUUUUGAAAUACAGUCUCUUGUAGCCCUGGCUGGCCUCUUUCUGACCACACUGGCUUUAUGAGGUGUGCAUAGAGGGGGGUGGGCUUGAGGAGGGUGCAAACUCAGUGCCCUGUGCAUGUUAGGGUCUGACACUGAACCUGAAGCUCACCAGUUCAGCUAGACUGCCUGGCCAGUGAACUCCAAAGACUGACCUGUCUCUCCCUUCCCGUUGCUGGAAUUACAGAAAGUAUUUGCUGGCCUCCUGUCCUGGAAAAAUAGCUGGACUUUCCAGGAUACAGUGAGUGAGUACAAGCAAGUUGCUGUAGAGUGACAAGAACCUCACAAGCUAAAAGAAGAGAAAGCAUUUUGGACAUUGCGUAACAGAAGAGAAUAUCUACUAAGGUGCUUGUCAGCUGUGAAAAUGUCUGACAAGAACCAAAUCAUUGCCAGGGCUUCCUUGAUUGAGCAACUGGUGUCUAAAAGGUAUUUUGAGGAUAUUGGUAAACAGCUUACUGAGCUAGAAAUGAUUUAUGUGUCUAAGGAGCAUCUGCAGGAGACAGAUGUAGUCAGAGCUGUUUACAGAGUCCUCAAAAACUGCCCAUCAGUGACUUUAAAGAAGAAGGCCAAGUGUCUGCUGGCCAAGUGGAGAGGUUUCUAUAAGAGUACACACUGCAAACCAAGGCAAAGCCCUAAAGUACUCCACACAAAUGCUAAUAAAGAAGAAAGUGCAGCAGUUUCUCAGGAUGUAAGCCAGGAUGAAACCUCAGGCUCUAGCCAUAGUGAGAUCAUGGGUCUCUGCAGUUCUCUCUCUAGGCUGUUACCCCAAGAUGCUGCAAAGCCUGCUGCAGCAAUUGGAUCUGAAAGUAGCACUGCUCAAAUGGAAAUUAAUGAAGGAUAUUUGAAGGGUGAUGACUCUGAAUGCACUCGCAAGAGCUCAGGUGUGUUUCAAGGUACUUUAGUGUCUGUGAGAUCUAAGUGCGUAGAACUUCUUUACACAGCAUUAGCUAGUUCUUGCACAGAUCACACAGAAGUGCACAUAUGGCAGAACUUAGCAAGAGAAAUUGAAGAGCACAUUUUUACCCUUCAUUCAAACAAUAUCAAAAAAUAUAAAACUAGUAUUCGAAGCAAAGUUGCCAAUUUGAAAAACCCCAGAAAUUUUCAUUUACAACAAAACUUCCUCUCUGGAACCAUGUCUGCAAGGGAGUUUGCUGAAAUGAGUGUCUUGGACAUGGCAAGCCAGGAACUCAAGCAACUGAGAGCUUCCUACACAGAAUCCAGCAUUCAAGAACAUUGCCUUCCCCAAUCAGUUGAUGGCACAUGGACAAAUAAAAUUAAGUGUAGGCGCUGUGAUAAAUACAACUGCAAGGUCACUGUGAUUGCCAGAGGAACACUUUUCCUUCCAAGUUGGGUGCAGAAUUCAAACCCAGAUGAACAAAUGACCUAUGUCAUUUGUAAUGAAUGUGGGGAGCAGUGGUACCAUAACAACUGGGUAUGCUUGUGAUUUGUAAAUAAUCCUUUUAAGGGCAUAUGUUUUAUAUGUAUAACCUAACCUUUUGUGCUUGGUUUUUGGUUGUUGUUGUUUUGUUUUUAGUUUGUUUUUUUUUUCUUUUCUUUUUUUGUUUUCCUUCGAGACAGGGUUUCUCUGUUUAGCCCUGGCUGUCCUGGAGACCAGGCUGGCCUCGAACUGAGAAAUCCACCUGCUUCUGCCUCCCAAGUGCUGGGACUAAAGGUGUCCGCCACCACUGCCCGGCUUGUGCUCUUUUUUUUUUUUUUUAACAAAAUCUUAAUCUUAUUUUUGCCUUUGGGUUUUAGUUCAUGAAAGAUGUCAUUAUAUAGCCAAAGGUGGCCCAGUCUCAUGAGUGCUUGCAUUAUAGGCGCACCUGGCUUUAUAUACUGCUCUUACUACAACCCUAAGACUAAGGAAAGAGAGUUAUUUGCCAGAGUGUAGGCCAUAGAAAGCUAUCACACUACUUUGUGGCCACUUAGUGCUUUACUCAGAGUGGCACUGUAGCUCCACACUACCUGAGAGCAUGUUAGAGAUGAAACUCUUGCUCCUUAAGUCCUGAUCUGCAUUUUAACAGAGUCCCCAGGUUAUCCUCUGGGGUAUUUUGAGAAUCACUGACAUACAUAGCAUUAGGCCUGAAGUUCUCAGGAAUGACUAUAUAUUAGAAUUUUCUGGAGAACAUUGAAAUGUACUGGUGCCAAGGGCCAAGCCUAUACAGUUCAAUAUGAACCUAUGGCCUGGACCCAGUAAUCAACACUGCUCUGGUCAUUUCUUGGUUCCUGUUAAGUUGCAGUUAGAGUUAGGAACUACCUGUAGAUAGUCUCUCAUUUGAGCCUUUCUAUAGUUCUGAAGAAAUUAAUGUUAUUCUGGAGUUUACAGAUGAGGAAAGCAGCCCACUUGCCCAGGUUACACAACUGUAUGUAGUCGGCUUCACACUGAUCCCAGGUUUUCCAGCUUACUUCUCAAGCAGGUGUGAUGGCACAUGCCUGUGGUCCAAAUACUAGGGAGAAUGAGGCAGGGGAUUUAUGUGAGUUCCGGCCAGUUUGACUUGCAAAGUUCCUGUCUCAAAACUGUUAAAAGGGAAUCCUGUUUCAAGCCUGUAAUCAUAGCGUUGGGAAUGCUAAGGCAGAAUCCCAUAGUUGAGGGCAGCCUGAGUUAGAUAGAGAAACACUGCCAAACUCAAAAAUAUUCAGUCUGAGGAUGACUUAAUAUUGACUUUGUAAGAAGUAUACUCUUGGAAAUAGGUGCUAAGCAAAUAGUGUUUGGGACCUCUAAGCUUAUGUGACCGGAGUUUUACUCUUUUGUCCUUAAUUUUCUCAUUUUCUUUUGACUGGUGAAAAGUUGCAGUGUAAGUUAGAAUUUGGCUCGAAGCCUGCUUCCUUAGUUGAAUGCCCUGUGUUUUGUUUUUUUUUUUUUUUUUGAGCACUUCAAAAAGUAUGAUAUAUAGUUCCUUAAUGUUAGGACUCUAUAUACCUUCAGAGGCAUGUGUGUUGGGAUUGAAAUUCAAAUUCUGAUCAUGUGAAAAUGGCACUAGUUGUUAGAGGAAGUCUCUCCUUCAAUCUCAGCAUUUACUUACAUACUAACUGAAGAGAAAAUCACGUCUCCUAGUUCUUUGUAAACAGUGUUUACUGAUUUGUAUGCUUAUUCACAAGCCUUUUUAUGUGACCAUGACUAAUUUUUUUCCUUAAAAAUAAUAAAAUGAUUGUCUUUCUGGGUUUUGAUUUUUUUUUACCAUGUAAAACAAUUUUAUACAUAAUCAACACAAAACCUUGCAUAUAUGUGCUCCUUUUACAGUUAAUCAGGUGAUUAGAUAUACAUUUUCUCUUUUGUUGUUUGACAACAAUAUGUGAAGAGUUUCUAUUUUUAUAAGACUAGCUUCACUCUGUUGCCUAAGCUGGGUUCAAACUCACACUGGCUGGCCUUAACCUCCAGAGUGCUAUGAUUGGCAGUGUAAGCCACCAUUCAUUGAUUUUAUCAUAUUAAAGAGUUUUUAUCUUAGUUCCAUAUGAACUCAUAUUUUAACUAGUUAUUAUCCCCUAACUCCCCAGUAUUCCUUCAUUGGGAUCUGUAGGCUUUUCUUUAUAUUUUUACCUCCGUAUGACAGUUCCCCAAUAGUUGCAUAAAACUAGCAAACAUUUCUGUUUUAGGUUUUUUGAAGAAAUCAACUUGAAGCUGUCAAGUCUGAGUUAUAUUUUGUUAUAUUUUCUCCAUAUGGCAUUCCAGGGUGGUUCACCAUGGUGCAAUGUGUUAGUCCUUUACAGAGUGACUUACAGAGUCAUCAACAACUCAAAGCUUUCCCAAAAUGUGGUUUCAUGUGACUUGGAAUGAUCUUAAAACCUAGACAGUGGUUGUGCAAGAGCAGCACACACAGCCUAUAAAAACCUUGUUUCAUUUGUCUAAAUCAGUUUGAUGUUUGGAUUUUCUAUGUAACUAUGUAUUGUUUUUUAUAUUGCGAUUUUGUAAGCUACAUUUACCAAAAAUAAAAGUAUUUGAAAUGUAAAAAUC